UGUGAUCGAUAUUAGUGCACAUACCUUUACAAUACUAUAAAACAGUACGGUAUAUGUCCCCACACGUUGCACUCGCACGAUUUUCUGUACAACAAGUACGCUAGUUUUUGACUUGAAAAUCAAUUUGAAAAACGAAAUCGAUACGCCGCGACACUACCAGCCUAUUGCGCGAUGGUUGGUCUUAACGCGUUCCGGCUAAUGGCCAGCUGUAGACGAUUGUCGAUCUUGGAAGCGAGCAGACGAUGGAAAUCAAAUAUCGGCUUCGUCGGUCUGGGAAACAUGGGAGUUCCGAUGGUGAAAAACUUAUUGAAAAACGGCUACGGAGUGGUGGGCAACGACGUGUCGGCAGAUCGGAUGGACUUGUUGCGAGGCCUGGACGGAGCCAAGACGGCGGACACGUUACAGGAAGUGGCAGCGUCCUCAGACGCGGUGGUCACCAUGUUGCCGGAGAGCGAACACGUGCUUUCGGCGUACACGGCUCUGCUCGAGUCCUCGAAAACGGAUCAGAUAUUCGUGGACUGCAGCACGAUCAGUCCUGAGAGUUCAAAGAAAGUGUCUGACAUGGCCGAGCGGAAAGGAUGCAAGUUCCUAGGAGCCCCAGUGUCAGGAGGAGUGGUGGGCGCGGAGAAUGGUACACUGACGUUCAUGGUAGGCGGCGAUGAGAGCACGCUGAAAGAAGCCGAGCAGCUAUUCGCGUCCAUGGGGUCCAGGUGCGUGUACUGCGGUCCGGCUGGAUCGGGGCUAAUCGCCAAGAUCAGCAACAACAUGAUCCUCGGCAUGACCAUGGUGGCUGUGGCCGAAGCGAUGAAUCUGGGCGUGAAGUUAGGUAUGGAUCCGAAGAUAUUGGCGUCCGUGAUCAACACGAGCUCCGGUAGGUGUUGGGCGUCAGAGAUCAACAAUCCCGUGCCCGGAGCAAUCGAGAAGAGUCCCAGCAACGACAAUUAUCAGAACGGUUUCAAGUCCAACUUGCUGCUGAAAGAUAUGAACUUGGGCAAGUCACUCGCCGAAGCGUCCCACGCGCCCACGCCGUUGACGAAGCAGACCGUAGAUCUGUACCAGCGGAUAGCGGAAAAGGGUUGGGGCGAUAGGGAUUUUUCAAUCGCCUACAAAUAUUUCAAAGAGCUGGAACAAUGAGCGGAUCCUGCGACAACGACAACAAGGAGAAUGUUUACUACUGGAGACGUGUGAAAACCGUGCAUACAGUGCAAAUAUCGUAACAAAAAUAAAAUAAGUAUACGCAUAAGUACAUAA